UGCGGGGGGAGGCAGCAGUGUUCUGCAAGGAAACCACGCCAAAACUUGAUACCCCACCCCCCCCAAAAAAAAACAAGCCAGGCCUACAAAAAAUCCUGUGUUCUGCUGCUCUCAGAAGCCCGAGAGAUUUUGUUGCAGUAGGAUUGCAAACACCUGAUUUGGUGGGGGGAAAUUUUUUUUUGGCCUUUCAGAAGCCAAAGCAACAAGUUUGUAUUGGGUUAGGACUUGUUUUCUUGAUUUCAGGAAAUGGUUGCUUAGGUAACUCAUGUGUAAAGCAACAAAAAGAACGAAGAAGAUUACGUUGAUGCUGGAUAAAGAUUGUUUAUCUUUGUAUCGGUCUAAGACUUAUGGUUCUGCAAAGUCGUAGUGAGAGCAAAAAACAAAAUCACUAGGAAAUAGUUAAUAGCAAAAUUUUUGUUUCUUUUUUUUGCAGAAGCUUGUAAUCUCUUCAUGUAGCAAUGGCUUAAGAAAAAAAGACAAUGUUGAAGACAGAAUUCUCUAUUCCUUUAGUUCCAGGGUGGGCAAAAACCAUUCUGGACAGCAGAAACUUAUUCAGCCUUUUUUUUUUAAACAUUGCAACAGCAAACUGAGUAACAAAAGAAAACAAGUAUAGAGAAGUACACCCUUCCCCCCACACCGAGGUAGCUGGAUACUUAGAAGAAAUAUUGUUGCUGUUUGGAGUUUUUUUGUUGUUUUGUUUUGUUUUUUAAGGAAAUGAGUAGUUUAUAUUACCAUUAGCUUUGCUCAGAAAACCUCAAACCUGAACAGAGCUAUUACUUGACUUCACCUUUACUUUAAAAAAGGAGUUAAAUUAUCUUUAGCUGAGAUUUGCAGUAGCUAUUCCAUACCUCAACAACAAAAGGACACAGGCCUUGUUUGAUUUCAGAGCACUUAACUGGGUUAUUGCCUGCUUUGGUGACAUGGUCUAGUUUAGAGUGACGUUAGACCUCUUUGAAAAUACAGUUUCUUAUUUUGCAUUGUAAUACAUGCAAUUCUAUGUUCCAUUAGGCUGCUCCAGUACUAAUUGCAGUGACAAAAUUAUUUGCUCUAAUCUCCAAGUUCAGGUUCAAUCUAAUAGCUGUGGUUUAAAAACCAGGGCUGUUUCCAAAUAAGUGCUGGCAAAGCUUCAGUUUGGUUUUGGUUUGGGUUUAUUGUUGUUGUUUUUUUCUUGUUGGGGGUUACUGGCUUUUUAAAGCGACGAAAAUGGUUUUAUUGCUUGCAAUGGACAAAAUACACAGAAAAAUACUGACUCAACAUAAUUAAAAAACUGUAAAAUACAUUUAAAAAGUGUUAAGAAGGAAAUACCCUUUGUCCUAAAGUGUAAAGGAUGAAAAAAGGUCUUCAAGGAAAGCAAAAAAUGUUUUUGUUUGACUUUAAGUGAUUACAGAUUGGGUUUUGAGUGUUCAGUUGAGAAACUAAAGAGCAUUUUACUCUGACCCACAAGGAUCCUUAUUCUCCCAAUUUCUUUGGACUUCCAGAUGAAAAGCCUUUCAGUGACAGUGUCACAAAUGUGUCUUACAUCUUUGCCUGGACAGAGGCAGCAAUGGAACGGUUCGGGGUGAAAUCAGCGCCGUCGCGGAACCGCUCCAAGACCGCUCUGUACGUGACCCCCCAGGACCGCGUGACCGAGUUCGGCAGCGAGCUGCAUGAGGACGGGGGGAAGCUCUUCUGCACCUCCUGCAACGUGGUGCUCAACCACGUCCGCAAGUCCGCCAUCAACGACCACCUCAAGUCCAAAACGCACACCAAGAGGAAGGCGGAGUUUGAGGAGCAGAACGUCAGGAAGAAACAAAGGACUCUGACUGCCUCCCUGCAAUGCAACAGCACUGCCCAGACAGAGAAAAGCAGUGUGAUCCAGGACUUUGUGAAAAUGUGCCUGGAAGCCAAUAUCCCACUGGAGAAGGCUGAUCACCCCGCUGUGCGAGCCUUCCUGUCCCGCUACGUUAAGAACGGCAGCUCCAUACCCAAGUCGGAGCAGCUAAGGAAAGCAUACCUGCCUGAUGGCUAUGACAAUGAGAACCAGCUCAUCAACACUGAAGACCGUUGAGAAGAGAACUGUUUUCAUCCUUGGUGUGAAGUUUUACAUAUUGAUGGUGUGGUUUAUUUUUAUAUUCAUGCAUAUAUACAGUGUUACAUAUUGAUUUUACAAGCUAUUUUGUAUUCUUGUAGAAAUGACAAUCUACUUCUGAACUUAGUGGUGUGCCACAGAUUGUUGCUAACCCUGCUGUGAACUUCAGAGCUACACUGAUGUAGAGCUCACGAGGAAUGUAGGGAGCAUCCCUGGCACACACCUGAUCUCUGUUCAGUCCAGCUGUAACUGAGGCUGAGAAAAAGGCACUUGAAUGAAUGGAGCACCCCACUUCACAGUGCAACUAAGAAGACAGUGUGGUAGGGAUUGCUGCUUGUGGCAGUGGAUUGUUUUGUCCAGUAUCCUGUCCCUGAGUGACCAAGAAGAGGUGCUGCACCUUUGAAAUGCAAGAAGCUCUAGGAUGAUUAGUUAAAAUAUCACUGUUGGGGGAGGACUAUUGCAACUUUCUAUUCAAGCUUGGUUUACGUUUUGAAACAGGAAACAUUUUUCUUCUAGAACUCUCUCUUACGCUGUUUGGUGCAACUGUGGAUGUAUUUGUUAUCCAGCUUAACCAGCCAGUCUCUCGUACUGACCUCAGAACUCCACUAUCCUCAUAAGCCUAGGAGUUCUACCCUGUCGGCUUUUCUAAAAUCACUGUUCCUUUGUCUUGGUUUCACAUGCCCCCUUCCAUUUCAGUGCCAAUACUUGGAAGCUGAGUAGACAGUAACUGAGUGUGGUUUGCAGUGCAGCUGCUGUCAAGUGAAACUUAUGCUGGACCAAGUUCGUAGCAGAGAAGAUUAAUGCCUUUUUCCUACUAGCAGGACUAAGCUAAAUCUAAUUUGGGGAUGGCACAGGCACUAAAUUGAGGAGUUGGGAAAGUUUUUUCAUUGUGCACAGGAGAGGCUGCUCCAUCUUUCCCUGAAGGUCCUUUACACCUCUGGCCUUGUCAUCAGCCUGUCAUCAGUCAAGGGAAGUGAAGUGAUUAAAAUAGUUUUUAAAGCAGUUACUGCAAAGGCUCUUCAGUACUUGUAAGCACAAGUAGGAAGGCACAUACACUCCGAACUUAUACUGGAAUUACAGACCUGGGCUAUAUUUCCUACUCUGUGCUAUGGCCACAUCUAUUAGACUGGCAAAAACCAAAAUGGGAUAUUGAAGAAUUUCAAUAAUGUUACUCUCUCCAAAAUCUAGUAAACUGUUACUAAGCUGUUCCAAAUGAUGACGCCAAAUAUUUCACCUGACACAAGUGUUCUGUAAAGGUUUUGAAUGAAAUGAGGGAGUACUGUGCAAAGUGCUAUAAUUCAACUGACCUGUGCCUGCUCCAGAUCUCCUGGGGAUGCUUUGGGUUCAGAGAGGUGCCAAGCAGCUCCUGGGAGCACAGGAAUCCUCUCUCCCCAUGUACAAUGUUAUAAGGAUACAAUGGUAUAAGGAUGCUUUAACUCCUGAGGGUGGAGCCACUUGUCCAGCUUCCUUUCCCCAGCAGAGUUUCACAGCAGUUUAUUUACAGCAAUACCAAGGAAUUGCUGAAAGGAGACAAAAUAACCAGAUUAUUUUGGGUUUGGAGGUAUUUCCCUAGCUGUAUAUAGAGCAGUCUCCUUUGGUGGGCUGAGAGAGAUUUACAUACUUAGUGACAACUGUUUUUUUUGUGCAAUUAGCCUGCAGAAAUGCACUUGUGUUCCAUGUCCUGCUAUGAAACCUGCUGGAAUAAAUAGACAAAGCUAAAAAGUAGAAGGUUUCUUACCCAUGUGCAUCAGUCCAGGGGUGCUCACCCCACUGCUGGUCUAGGACUUCAGGCAGAAAUAACAGUAGCAACUUUUUAAUUUAAUCCUAGAGAUCAAGAUAUGCCUUCCUAAAUAUCAUUUUUUAUUGCACAAGCUUGGAUUUAGCUUAAAAUCCUUAACUGCCUUGGGCUAGAACUGUUUAAUAAAUCUUCUGAAGCCAAGUGAAAGGUAAACUGCCAAUAGCCUUUUCUGUCCUGACAAGAAUUGAAAGUAUUUUCUCACAGCUGCUGUUUUCUUACAGUGAAACAAUAUCCUUGCUUUAUAUUUUAAUCUUUUUUGAAACCUCAGCAGUGGUAUCUUAGAAUUGAAGCAAAUAGAGAAUAAUGGGCUAUUGAGAAAACAAAAGCAGCUAGAAAAAUGGGAUGGUCAAAAGGUACGAAUUUGGGCUAGUUCACUCAGUUUUUGCUAACAUGGGAUUUUCCAGACUGCACCCCAUAACAUUUUUUUAUAGUUUAGAUGCUGUAUGUUCUUCCCUUGACUGACUGACUGACAUUUUGAAAUGCUUCAUGGGAACAUUAAUUAGGCUCUUUUAUAACUGAAAAAAAAAAAAAAAAAAGGAAAUUAAGUUGUUUUAGAAGUUACAGUUUUACAUAAAAAUAAAAAUAUUGCUAAGUGUAAAGAACUCACUUUGCAGGACUGCUGCCUUAAUAAUAGGAUAUUUUCAUUUAAAAAUGAAGCCACAAUACUUUUCAAGCUUUUUUGAAAAUCAAGAUGUUGAUCUUGACAACAAACAUUAAUAAUGGAGUAAAGUUAUGAAAAAUAAAGCACUUCCAGGUGAUCUAGAAAGAAUGUGUAAGUUUAGAAUCAUGAACAUAACCCAAAUCAUCAAGACAUUUUAGAGAAAAUAUGAGUAAGUGAUUGCAUUCUGUAAUGAAACAGAGUCCUGCAAACACUCAAAUUCAGAAUGUAAUUUUGCCGGUAUGGCUGCAGUUGGAUAAAGCAUAACUUCCUUUUAAUUGCUGUUCAUCUCAGGGAAGAUUUACAGCAGAAGUUUUCUCAUCUGUCUAGACCUAAGGAAUAACUAAAUCCUCAUCUAUCUAAACCUAAGGAAUAAGAGUAAAUUUGAGGCUGUGAUGGAGUUGUCUGAACAGUCACCAUGGAUGUUUAAUUUCUUGUGCAGGAAUGUAUUUCCUGUAAAGAAGAAAACUCUCAGAAGUAAAGGGAGGAUGGUAACAAUGUCAGCUUUUCACAUUACAUCCAAAUGUAGGAACAAGCUCUAAGGGAUACUUUCUGCCAGGUGGUUUUAUGAAUAUAUUUGAACUCUAAAUGUAAUAGAAAAAAAAAUAAAAAUAAAAGAAGACAUAUUUUCUUCUCUGACCAAUACUUAAACUAACAUAGCCAAAUAGCUAAAAUUACUCCCAAGUGUUUUUCUUGAAUCAACAUGUGCAAAGAGUAAAAUACAAACAGGAGCACCCUCUGUUGUGUGACUCCUUACAUGCAUACACAACGAUAGUUUCAGCUUGUGUGCUCUUGAAUAAACAUGAGCAAACUUAAAAAAUUUUAAUAAUUUUGAAGACUGUAAUUUGGCAGGUCCCAUGGGAAGGUGAAGCAUUCAGCAUAAUGAAAGGGAAAUCUGUUUUUCAUCUGAGAGAGAAACUUGUUCUGCAAAGUAUGGGAUAUUCUCAUGAUAAAGGCUGGUUUUAGCCAGAGCCCCUUUUAGCAAUUCUGUUGAACUGAAGAGUGAGAUGUUCCCCGUUAGGUUUUGCAGCAUAAUGAGCUGGUUUUCAGGAAAAUGGAAAACAAAAAGCUGGAAGUUUGGCAAGGAUAAUCUCUAUUUUUAUUUGCAUAUAAAGAGAGGCAAGGCCCACUUGUUGCAUUCACAUUGUACUCACUGCUACUUACUCUGUGUAAUUUGAGUGCUUGUUGUCUUUGUACAAUUUUAAAGUCGUGUCU